AUGUUCAAUUUUCAAUUUCAGGGUCGAGGCCCAUGUCAGAAUUGCCCCCGCUUCCACUACGGAUACUGUCGCGAUGCCCCAAGACAAUGUUGGCGUUGCAACGAUUACAAUCAUGUCGAGCGCUACUGUCCACGUCGUCGUACAAGAUGGCCUCGAGACCUAGCGCUUCCAGGAACUCGUCAUUGGUGCAGCUAUCAUGGUUUGGAUUCUGAUCCUACGCUUCGAUCUAGAGUUCUUAACGCGUUGAAGACUUCUCCAAGUUGCAAUAUUUACAUUGAUGGCUAUUGCAUCUAUAAAGGCUGCGUAGAGCAUCACUUUCGACACGAACAAGUGAGAGGUAGACCAUUGGCAGAGAGAAUGACACGUCGAAGAUCCAGAUCUCCCGAUCGAGAGCAAAUCAAGCGGGGCCGAUCUCGUUCACCACUUCGUCGCAGAUCACCAUUGCCAAUAGAGAGACGACUGAGACAGGCGUCUCCAAUUCGUCAAAACCGUGGUCGAUCUGAAAGCCUGCCACAACAGCAAAGACAAUCACCACCACGCACGCCACUUCGGCCCAGGGGAAGAUCUCCUGUCUUCAAUGUGAGCGGGAUUGCUUUCUCUCAAGCUAAUGAGGCAAGAACAGGUAUGGAGAUCUUUCGACCUUCAUUUCUACAGCAUCAAAGCCUUUUUGCUAGUCCAAAGCAGGUAUCAGAAAAGCAGCAGAUGCAGCAAAGCAUUAAGAGUGUGGUUUUCUCCAACAUAAUCAAAAUCCCUUCAUUCCUGGUUUCUGGUGACCCACUAUGCGCAAUAUCGGGAGAUGAUCUUCUACAAGAAACCGAGAAAGAUGGCUUGAACUACACUCAACAACAACAACCGGUCCUAAAUGAGAAUGGUAACGCGCAAGAAACAGUGGAGCUUUAUAUCGAGGAUCCACAUUUCAUAUUAGGCGUCAGAAAAGAUGCGCUUGAGAAGGAGAUCCUCGAGGCCUAUCAACAGAGUAUGUGGGAGAUCGAGCGUCAACGUAUCGCCGAUACGGACUACAAAGAGCCUCCUGGACCAGAUAAUGUUUGGGACCAGAGUGUCGCCCAAUUGCGCGCCGCGAAAAAAAUGCUUAUCGGGUACUGA